AUGGUAUUCAUCGGUGAAUCAGGCUCCGGUAAAUCAACUUGUAUCAACUAUUUUGCAAAUUAUUUUACUCAUUCAUCAUUUGAUGAGGCGAAUCACUAUUCAAAUAUGAAAAUUGUUAUACCAAAUAGCAUAUGUCCACAGAUAAAUUACGGUUCUACUAGCAACCAACAUACCGAGCGUAAUGUUCACGAUAACACUGUAAGUCAAACGCAGGACUGCACGGAGUAUGGGUUCACGUGGAAUGGCAAGCAUGUGAAAAUUGUUGAUACACCCGGUUUUAAUGAUACAUAUUCAACGAAAGACGAUGGAAAUAUUCAGAAAAUAUUGAAAAAAGUAUCUAAAUUUCAACUUGCUACUGCUAUUUCGAUCACAAUCAAUGGUACUAACACGCGUUUAUCAACGUCGAUCAAAACAACAUUGACUCAAUUGCGUGGCUCCUUGCCUGAUAGUGUUUUUCAAAAUUUAUUUUUUAUUUUCACAAAUUGCACAGAAGAAACGCAAAAUUUCGAUCUAAGACUGAUUGCUGAAUUCAAUCCAUCACAACAGAGAACAUUUAAUAUGCAAAAUUCAUUGUUCUCGAUCAAAGAUAAGUCUAUUCUUCAAAAUAGUAAAUUAGUAAAAAAGAUGCUGCAAACAUGGAAAGACUCAGUUGACACAAUGGCAGAUAUAAUGAAUGAAAUAAGUCAAACAUCAGCUGCAUCUGCGCAAGUAUUUGAAGAUAUGCGUAUUAAACGUGAACGAUUAAUUGGACACAAAGAAAAUUUAAUUAAAAAACAAAAGUCAUUAUUGAAUGCGAUCAAAACGUUGGACAUUGAAAAAGAUCGCCUAAAAAAUGCCACGAAGGAUCAGCAAGCAAAUAGAAACUUUGUCAAACAAACUGCGAUUCCUUAUAUUGAAUUAGAAAAAAAAUCGUAUUACAGUACAAUUUGUACACACCAUGAUACAGUGCGAGUUUGUCGCGAAAAUUGUGGAUUGUCGUAUGAACCAAGCUUGAACUUAGCACACUUUGGACAUUGUCGAUGUGGUAUGAACCAGCAUCUCCAUUCUUAUGAGAUUCCUGUAUCGAGAAACAAAACAAUCCCUGAAAUUAUUGAAGAUAAAAAAGCAGCCUUGGAUCUAGCAACCGAAGCUGUCAAUAGUAUCAGUACUCAAGUGGAUCGAUUGAGCUCGGCACGAGAUCAAUACCAAAAGGACGUCAAUGAUGUUAGAGAUGGUUUACUGGCAAGAAUUCGUGAAUCAAAACAGAUUUGUACACACUUUAAUUUGGCCGAAGAAAUGGCAAGUACAAUUGGCAAACUCCGACAAGAAGCCAAAAUUGCAAGUGAUCGUAAUGCGAAACGAGAAUUCAAUAAUACAGCGGGCGCGAUCGAAGCCCUUCUUCAACAACUCAGAUAA